AUCGAUCCAUCAUCUCUUGCUUGCAAUCACUAAUAUUACGCAACUAUGGAGGUGAGCAGCAUAAAAUGGGUGGCAUUCACAAUCCCAUUAUGGUUUUGGUGGUUGGUUGUGGCUGAACCGGUUUCGUCGUUGGCGGUGGUGGAUCAACACUCUGAUCCCCUUUUCAACAACAUGCUCGAGAUUCGUUUUACCACAAAUGGUGCCACGGCGGAGAGCUACUUCGAGUUCAUUUCACUAUUACGAGAUACAUUGGCAAGCGGAGAGUUUAGUAAUGAAAUACCAGUGACGCGGGAACCAUCCAAUGUGCCGGACUCCCAAAGAUAUUUCUUGGUUCGCCUGACAAACUAUGCAGGCGAUAGCAUUGCGUUGGGAAUUGAUAUAACCAAUUCCUAUGUCGUGGGUUAUAGAACUGGAGGCCUAUCCUUCUUCGUUGACGAUACUCCCGAAAAUUCAGGGAAUUAUCUUUUUACUGGUACAAACCAAAAUUUCCUUGGCUUCAGUAGUACCUAUGCUUCCCUUCAACGCGCUGCCGUCCAAACUAGACGAGAAAUCCCCCUUGGAAUCGAGGAGUUGGAUUCCGCAAUCUCGAAUCUAUACCAUUACCGCGGUGAGGGCAAUAACAGGCUUGUUGCUCGUGCGCUCAUAAUUUGCAUUCAAAUGAUUUCUGAGGCUGCACGAUUCAGACAAAUUGAAAACCGAGUAAGACAGAGCAUUUCAGAAAGCCAAGAUUUUCUGCCAGACCGUAGCAUUAUAAGGCUCGAAAAUAAUUGGGGUGCGCUCUCUGAAGCAGUCCAAACGGCUAUCGGAGGAGUCUUUGCUAGAGCAAUUCAAUUAUUAUCACCCACGACAUUUGAAACUGAGUAUGUGGACAAUGUGAAUCAUAUAAGCGUUAUUCGAAACCUUGCUUUCAUGCUAUUCGCCUGCAGAAGUGCUAGUAACGCAGGAGCACUUCAAUUCCUUAAUAAUAAUAUGCUUAUACAACCUGUUACAGUAAGUGCAGAUGAUGUUUGUGUAAUUGAAGAGCCCACAGUGCGCAUUCGUGGUCGAGAUGGUCUCUGCGUUGACGUUCAUGGAGGAUUUUACAAUGAUGGAAAUCCAAUAGUAUUGUGGCCAUGCAAAUCCAAUAAUGAUGCUAACCAAUUAUGGACCUUGAAAAGGGAUGGCACGAUCCGUUCUAAUGGUAAAUGUUUGACCACUUUUGGAUACAGUCCGGAAGUCUAUGUGAUGAUCUACGACUGUUCAACUGCCGCUAGGGAUGCCACCAUUUGGCAAGUAUGGGUCAACGGAAGCAUCAUCAACCCCAGAGCAAGACUUGCCCUUACUGCAUCCUCUGGAGAUAGUGGCACUACACUCACUGUGGAUACCCACAUUUAUGCCUCCCGACAAGGAUGGCUUGCCACCAAUAACACGCGAGAUUUAGUGACAUCCAUUGUUGGAUUUAGGGAUCUCUGCUUGCAAGGAAAUUAUAGCAACAGAGAUGUGUGGGUAGCAGCCUGUCAAAGGAACAAUUUGCAACAGCAAUGGGUUUCUUAUCCAGAUAGUUCCAUAAGACCGAGUGAGAGACAAGACCACUGCUUAACUAGCAAUAAUCAUGAUCAAGGAAGAAACAUCAUAAUUACCUCUUGCUCACCUGGGUGGGCUAGCCAGCGCUGGAUGUUUACGGAAGAUGGUUACAUUUUGAACUUGUUCAACGGCAUGGUGAUGGCUGUGCCGAAUUCCGACCCAAGCCGUCGUCAAAUCGUUAUAUGGCCACCAACUGGCAAUCCAGAUCAGAAAUGGCUUCGCAUCCGUAACUAGCUUCCUUGCUGUUGUUUGUGAGUACGUACGUACAAUGCCAGCCUGAUAGUAUUUACUAUUUGGCCUGGCCAUCUACGUGCCUAAGUAAUUAAUAUGCAUGAAUGCCCCCAAUAAAAGAUGUACGUAGUAUGCAUUCUGUAUCGAUCAGAGGGCAUGAAUAAAUCAUGUUGUAUUGUGUUUCCACUUCCACUUCAAUAAUAAAAUAUUAAUAUCAUGUUGA